AUGGCGUCUGAGCUGUCAUCAACGUCGUCCUCCAUGUUCGGCGCCCUCUACCAGAACCCCAUCGCGCGGUCGCUCUCAGAUGUCUACCAGUCCUUCUCCGACCGCCGCGCCAAGCUCGGCCUGACCAACCCCGGCACCGUCGACAAUGUCUCGAGGGAGGUCACCCGUGAGGUCUUCCUGACCAACUACAUGCACACUGGUCUGAGGGCCGACCUCACGAAAGCCUUCAGCAUAUCGCCGCUGUUCCAGGUCUCCCAUCAGUUUGCCAUGGGCGAGCGCCUGCAGCCCUAUGCCUUUGCUGCUCUGUACGGUACCAACAAUGUCUUCUUACAAGGAAGCAUGGAUAGCGAUGGCAUGCUCUCGACGAGAUUCAACUACCGCUGGUCGCCCGCUCUCGUCUCCAAGUGUCAGUUCCAGGUUGGCGCUCAGGAUAUGGCGCAGAUCGAGCACGAAUACACAGGCGCCGACUUCACCUCCAGCUUGAAGAUGCUCAACCCGUCCUACCUCGAGGGUGGCCUGACUGGUAUCUUCAUUGGCAGCCACCUGCAGUCCAUCACCAAGAAGCUUGCACUGGGACUGGAGACCGUCUGGCAGCGUGGUGCGCUCAACCAGCCCCCGGAUGCCGCCAUGUCGUUCGCCGGUAGAUACAAGUCGGAAGACUGGGUCGCUACCGCGCAGCUGCACGCUCAGGGUGCCCUGAACGCUACCUACUGGCGAAGGCUUUCAGACAAGGUCCAGGCUGGUGUUGACCUGACUCUGCAGCUUGUCCCUGGUCCGGGUGGCUUGAUGGGCGGCGGUCUCCAGAAGGAGGGUAUCACAACUGUUGGUGCCAAGUACGAUUUCCGCAUGUCCACUUUCCGCGCUCAGGUCGACUCCAAGGGCAAAUUGAGCUGCCUGCUUGAGAAGCGUGUUGCUCCUCCUGUCACCAUGUCUUUUGGUUGCGAUGUCGACCACGCUACUCAACAAGCCAAGGUGGGAUUGGGCAUCACGAUUGAGGCCGGUGGUGAGGAGCUGCAAGAGCAGCAGGAGGCUCUCGGCCCUGCCGCCUCGCCCAACAUCCCCUUCUAA